UCCAGUAGCGGCACGUAUUUUCGUUCCAACACGUUUCGCGUCGCCUUGUUGUUGUCGUGUUUCCUUUACUAACGCCUUUCGUAUUCGUCUCAGCGACAGAGACGUGUAGUGCUUCACGAUGGUGAAGUUAACGCAGGACCUCAUACAGAUGGCCGCGCAGUCCAUCAAUCCAGUACGUGACAGAGAGAUCGACUUGAGAGGUUACAAGAUACCUGUUAUUGAAAACCUGGGAGCGACGCUGGAUCAGUUCGACUGCAUCGACCUGUCGGACAACGAAAUUAGAAAGCUGGACGGUUUUCCACUGCUCAAGCGUCUCAAGUCCCUGAUGCUAAACAACAACCGCAUAUGUCGCAUUGCGGAGAACCUGCAGGAGCACCUGCCGGCACUUGAGACUCUGGUGCUGACCAACAACCAGAUCCAGAACCUGGGCGACCUUGACCCACUGGCCAGCAUCAAGACGCUCACCUACCUCAGCCUAAUGAGGAACCCGGUGACGGUGAAGCGACACUACCGCUCCUACAUCAUCUACAGGAUCCCGCAGUUGAGGGUGCUCGACUUCCGGCGCAUCAAGCAGAAGGAACGGCUCGAUGCCCAACAGUUGUUCAAGGGCAAGCGGGGCAAGCAGCUCGAGAAGGAAGUGGGCGUCGUGAGCGGCGGAGGCGCCGCUGCCACCCGCAGCAGCGGCAGCAGCGCAUCGGCGCAGCCCCCACCCCCGGGGUCAGGACCGACGCCACCGGCUGCCUCCUCAAGCCGGAGCAGCCAGCUGGAGGCCCUCAAGCAAGCCAUGUCACGCGCCACCACCUUGGACCAAGUGGAGCACCUCAGCACGGCCCUGCAGUCGGGCGCACCCCUGACACCCACGUCCAAGUCCUCGUCCUCAAGCACGAGGCCGCCAGGAACGGAGGAUGUUGAAAUGGAGGAGAUGAACGGCCACUGAAGGGAUCCCAAGAUCAUUCCGGAAAAAGUCGUUGAAAGUUUUGUGUCCUCUCAAGUCUCACCAUGAUUCACAAAGCCCCCCCCCCUCCCCAUUAUACAUAUAUUUUUUUUCUUUCAGUCGCUUCUACGCUCUCUGCUGGCCAAGGUGACGUAAGAAGCUUUGUCUCGUGUGCACAUUUUGAAAUGACUGCAUGCAGCUGCUCCAUCCGUUUCCCCAAUUUCCUUAACAACUCAAAAGUGCUGACAAGAACAGAUACGGCACGUUUGGUUUAUAAUCUUGCGAGGCCAGCUGCAGAGCAGUGCGAGAAGCGGUGUCACUCGUGAAGCUAAUAAAUUUUCAAUACCAGUCUUAUA